AUGGAACCUGAUUUUAACCCGUCAUUGUCUCGCUCAGCUGUCAUGUAUCCUAGUACCGUACCGACCGUGUCGAAUUCUUCCAACAUUCUAGCCGCUCGUACUCAUCAGCACCGAAUGAAUGCAGCUCAGGAGCAACGUACAUAUCAAGACAGUUGCAACCGUCUGCUUACUCAUAUUUCGUCUGUGAUGGGAAUCUGCGACGAUUUAAAGACGACCAACAAACGCAGCUUUACUGUGCGCUACCCUGGCCUGGGUAUCAACAACAACAUCAACAAAAACAACAACAACGGUUGGCACACUACUAAUACUACUGCGACUAAUGCCAGUAGUAACACUACCAAUAAGCCGUUCAGUAUCCUAGACCUUGACGUCAAGAUGGGUCACGCUUCACAAGACCUCAGAAAGCUCGAGACCCAGUCCAUUGCCAAUCUACUAGACGACAAAUUAUCCCAGUGUCUGCACCACCUUGACAAUUUGCGCAUCCGCGUCGGUGACACUUCUUCCAAAGUCUUGGUUACCGGCGAUCUUAACUCUGGCAAGAGUGCCUUCGUUAAUGCACUUUUGAAACGGGAGCUGAUGCCUGUCGACCAACAGCCAUGCACCAAUAUGUUCUGCGAAGUGCUGGAUGCGACUCUGAACGACGGUACUGAAGAAGCACAUGCGAUCCCAGACGUUGAAAAGUACAAUCGUUUGGACCGGGCAACGUACCAUGUCAUAGAAAUGCGGCACCUGUACAAGGUGAUCACUGAGGUGUCUGAGUACAAAAUGCUCAAAGUAUAUGCAAGUGACGCCCGCUCUGCCCAAGAAAGCAUGUUGCACAACGGUGUUGUUGAUAUUGCAUUGAUCGAUUCUCCGGGCCUUAACACAGACUCGGUUAAGACAACGGCUGUAUUUGCUCGACAAGAGGAAAUUGAUGUAGUCGUCUUUGUUGUGAGCGCAGAGAAUCAUUUCACGCUCUCGGGCAAAGAAUUCUUGUUGAAUGCUGCAAACGAGAAGACGCAUAUUUUCAUCGUCGUCAAUCGCUUCGACUCGAUUCGUGAUAAGGACCGCUGCAAACGUCUCGUAUUGGAGCAAAUCCGACAGCUUUCGCCGGCAACUUAUGCUGACGCAGACGAUCUUGUGCAUUUUGUGAGCGCCGGCAGCGUUGAUCUUGAGCCUGGAUCGCGCAAACUCGAUGCACCCGAGUUCGCCAGAUUGGAACAGCGUCUUCGUGCCUUUGUUCUCGAGAACCGUUCCAAAUCGAAGCUUUUGCCUGCCAAAAACUACAUGGUGAAACUAUUGAAGGAUAUCGGUGUUUUGUCGGAAGCCAAUCGAUCUACAGCAGCGAAUGAGUGUGCCAUGGCCACACAGGAGCUCCAAAAAGGUUUGGUCGCUUAUCAAAACUUGUUGAACCUUCGUGAUCGUCUUUUGGGUCGUAUCGAAAAAGUGGCGGAGUCCUCUGCAACCAGAAUUCAGAAGCAUAGCAUUGUACGCUUGAACACGGCUGUCAGCGACAUUGGCAAAACUGUCGAAACAAUUGAAUACCCAGGUAUUCUGCUGAUUUGGCAAUAUGCGCAAGAUCUAGCAGAUUCGAUGUCUCGACAGCUGCUCAAGGACGUCCGUCAAGCUGAAAUCCAGGCUCGUAUCGAAGCAUCCGAAUGUCUUGCUGAAUUGCACCAAAUGGGCACCGAGCAUUUGCCCAAUUAUCCUUGCGUUGCGGAUGUCAAGAACAUGUGUCUCAAGGGCCGCGAUAGAACCGUUGAAAUCAGCGUAGAAGCGACUGAUUUCUUCGACGUUUUCGUGGAUGACAAGCUGACUGGAUGUGCCUUGUCUUUGGGAGCAGCUGUCGCCCUCGGUGGCCGCAUGAUGGGAGUCAAGGAUGCUGUUUCAGGCCUUUGGAACGUAUCGAGCAUGAUUGGUGCACAAAACAUGCGUCGUCUAGUCGUGCCAGCCCUUGGUGUUGCUAGCGCCGGUUUUUUGCUCUACGUGGUGUCGGAUAUACGUUCAGCUGUUAACCGUAAGCUCGUAAAGAAGUUCAAGGCAGCCGUCCGUGAAACAUCCUAUGUGGAUGCUCAAGGCCGAAGAAUGGCUAGAGAAUCGCGUAAGAUGUUCCGUGUUGAAGCGAUGGAAAUCCAAGCGAGAAUUCAAAAGUCAGUUGAAGAAAAGGAACGCAAGCGCGAGGAGAUGACCGCCAUUGUCCAUACGUCCCAAGAAUCGCUCGAAUACUUUAGUACAAUGUUGGAGAAGUCCGGCAUAUUACUGGAUAAGGUGUCGUGCAUUCCAACAGAUACCGCAACAAGUCUUCAUGGCAACAGAAUAGAGAUCUCCUAA